AUGGUUCCCAAUAAUUUAGUGCGUAAUCUUCAAUCCCUGAGAAAACUAUACGGUCUACUCGAUUCAAAUUCAAGGAAUGAAUAUAAUCCCGAGGCAUAUCUGUUGGAUGAGGACACUCAGUUACUAUUGAAGAGAUUUCUAGAUGUUGCUUCCUAUGAAAUUUUCGUUAGACAAUCAGAGAUACUUGCAUCACAGUUAGGUUUAAAACCGUCGAAUGUGGUGGAUGCCUCUGCAAUGAGAGUCAACGGAUCUCAAAUCUCAGAAAGUGGUAAACUGUUUGAGGCAAAAGGAACAUUAAAGCGAGACCUUAGACUGAAUCUGAUUCAAAGCUAUCCUAGUAAGGAUGGUUUGACAGAAGAAGUCACUGAUGCAAUGGAACUAAUUGAUACACAGCUUUCUGCUUUAAGAUUUGUUACUAAUCGUGUGAAAAAUGAAGCAGAGAUAUCAGUUCCAAGCCAUGAUGAUCCAGUUUUGCCUCUUCAUGAUCAGUUUGUUCGGAUCAAGUCAUCACAACCUCUUCCUGUCGGAGCCCUUGAUUUCAAGAAGCCAGGUCAGAGUAAUAUGAAACCAACUUUGUUGGAUCAAGAAGCUGAAAGUUGGGAUGAAUAUUCAUAUGAAACCGAGAGUGAACAGACACGGUCUGUGACAGUAUCUAUUGAGCAAUCAUCAGAAGAAACCUCUGAGUCAGACUCUGGCUCAAACUGGGAAACUCAGACAGAAAGUGUCACCGAGUCCGAGUCUGAGUCAGACUCACCAUAUACACCACAGAGUGAUGAUGAUGACUCUGAAGACAGUGCUCCACAUAAAAAGAGUGACAUAUUAUCACACGAUCCUGCAAAACAGAGGAAAAAGGCGAUGGGGCGGUUUAAAAGAUUGAAGAAGAAACUAGGAAAAGUUUUUCACCACCAUCACUAUUACCACCAUAAAAAGGAGCAAGGCCGUAAGGCAUCACCUUGGAAGCAAUUUCAGAAGACACUUCACAGAAACAAAGAAAAAUUAGUUGAGAGACAGUGGAAAUCAGAAACAAAAAGUCUUAUUACACGUAAGAAGCAGCACAGAGGUGGGCAAUUCCAUGCGCUUGUGGAAGGUCUGAUGAGACAUAGAAGACAUUCAAAGAAACAAAAACACAAGUCUCAGGGACACGGCAAGAAAUUACACUGGUUGAAAACCUUGAAGAAGCGUCAAGGUGGUUUAAAGUUUCCUAAUAGAGGACGUGUGAUGUUGGAAAAGAAACAUUAUUUGUCUAAAAAUGUUCAAGAACAAGACGAUAACUAG